GUUCUCGCUGUCGCGCCAACAAACUCGAGCAUGGCUACACUUCCGCCCCACCAAAUGCCUCAACCUCUGUCACCUGGUGAUGCAGACCUUGUCGCCUCACGGAACCGCCUCCAGUCCCCGCUUCUCCGCCUACCCGGCGAGAUCAGGAACCGUAUCUACGCCUUCGCUUUCACCGUGCAGCGUAUUCAGGUUGUUGCGGUAUCGGCUCGCCUUGUGCAUCUUGUAUGGCCAGAAGACUGGAGAGGCCUAAAACACAGCCAGUUGUACCCGUUGUCUGAGUUGAUCUCCAGUAUAAUGGUGUGUCGGCAGUUCUACACAGAGGCCUCUCCCUUGAUUCCUCGUCUGAACGAGUUCUGCUUCAUCGAUCCAGAUGACACACAGCGAUUCACAGAGCAUAUGCCGCAAAAGUUUUUGGAGGCUAUCGAGACGGUUGUGAUGGCUAAUUGUGUGCCUGAAACAUUGGAGGGAUUGCAGCUAAUGGCUGACAUUACCCUACCGAGGAUGUGUGGACUCAAGAAGAUUGUUGUAAGGCCUGGGGUCUCCUUCGUGGGAUCUUUCCUCCACAUGCAAGAAGUUUUUCGGAAGAUGUUUGUAGACGUGCUGAGGAAGGGAGGGAUCGGAUUGGCAUCUACCAUUCUAGGUAAAUCGGGUCGUGAAUACGUCCAACGCGAGGUGCUCGCGGAGCACAAAGAUCCUCCGUCGAGUAUCUUUAAAGCUGAAUCCCAUGGCCAGUCUUUCGUCUUCAACCGUGUCUCCAAAACAUUUUAUGACGAUUCCUUACGCCUUGCUGCCGGCUUUUCCGAGUCCCGUCGGCUUCGCAUGCAUGUUGACUCUAACGAUGAAGAAAAUCUUCUGAUCUAUCCAUACUACCAAAAUACCCUGCUUAAACUGCUUCAAGAGGAUCCAGAGGUCUCUGAUGCGGCGCGGAAGAAGAUCUUGCGGCAGACAGCAGAAGCCAUACAAGAGCUAUAUAGCAAGGACUGGAUUCAUAUGGGCACAGCUCCAGAAGCACAGACUGGGAGAGGCAUGUCCAAGGCAUCGGAUGUUUUCUCCUUCGGACUGGUUUGCAUAUACACCCUAGGGCAAGAGGACGCGAUACUUAUACAUAAAGACAGCGAGGUCGUCAAGAAAAACAUGUACCCAGAGCAAAGAGUACUACUACGACAUUUCGAGUUCCUUGGGCCACCGAACGAAAGGCUUCUCAACUGGAUCGACGACGAAAAAUGGACGAAGGUUUUGGAGAAAAUGAAUAAAUUGGUGAGAUAUCGCGCCACCAUCUCGAAUGUUGGAGGAGCACAGCAUGUCUCUUUUGUUACUAAAGAUGAACCUAUACCACUAUACAGUGGGGAGUUUGUCGGCUCUAACGGAACUGUCGAUGAAUGGAUACAGAUUUCCGACGCUAUAUCAACCUACCAGUCAUUCGCAUCCAACCUGAACCGGUCCGGAAUCCGUUAUCAAAGUCAAGUCUUCUCAUACCCCAGUAUGUUGGAGGGAACGGAACCUUACACAACUGAGAACGAUACUGUCGUGGAGACGUGCGUGCUUGAAGGAAAGAACCUGUCAUUCCUUCGCAUGACCAAUGCACUGGACGGUAUCUGGCUCCUAAGUGUCUUCCAGCGGCGACUCAGGGAAGAAGGAGAAGGCCUGAAUUUUGAUCCUGAUAUGGCUAAUGAACUUCUCAUCAAUACUACAAUCUCGGCAUUGGCUCUCAACAAGCGAUUCGACAUGGUCAACGGAACAGAGACACGUGGUUUCAACGCCUAUCGCUUCGAGAACAAGCUCGCCUUAAUCUUGCCAUACGCUCUCUAUGUUGAGAACCACGGCGUUUUGGCCAUGAGUGGAGGGUUCUUGCAGCUUCUCAUGACGACUACCGGACGUACUUCACUUGAAGCAGUCGUUACGAAAGGCUCUGGCACGCUGGGCGGAUACGAAAAUGUUUCAGAAGCACUCCGUGAAAUGGAAGUCAGAUUUGGAGAGCUAAUUGAAGUCAGCGGAGAAGACCUGAAGGUGACCGACACGCUCCUAAACGGACAUGAAGAGCAUGCAGAUGUGCAGGGAGACAACAGGUCACAGUCAGGUUCCGUUACUAUGUCUGGGAUAGAGCGGUGCGAGAACAAUGUUUUAGUGGUGCAAAGAGCUGGUUUCAGUACAGUCGAUGAAAUGGGACAAUUCAGGAAGAAAGGAGAAUAG